AUCCCGUCUUCGCGACUCUUCACUCUACUUAGACCCUUCGCUUCUGCCCAUCCGACCUUAUCAAUCCUCGACACUUCCUUGCCACGAAAUGAGGCUUCUCCAUAUCAGGCGCAGGUGUUUCUUCUGCUGCCCAGCCUUCACCGUGUGCUGAUGUGGUUGCGCCGCGACACUCGGUGAUACCCGAUCCGAAGCCAUGCCGCGACCGAAGAAAUCGGAGGAGGAUGGGAGGGAAGUCAAGAAACGCUCAAGAAAUGGAUGCUGGCCUUGUAAGUCCAGAAAGGUCAAGUGUGGAGAAGAGAAACCCUCAUGUAUCAAUUGUCAACGACAAGGCGAGACAUGCGACUACAGUAUACGGCUGAACUGGGACGGUCGAAGCAAGAAGAAAGACGAUGGGAAGCCAGGAUCUCAAAUCAUCUCUUUUGCGAGUCCGCAGCAUAUGCCGCCGUCGCUCCCAAAUGGCUAUAGCAAUGGCUCCUCAAACCACAGUCCCAUUGAGGAACUUACACCUCAACCCUCGCACGUCCAGCCUCAAAUGACUGCCAAUUUCACUGUGAACCAACACCCAGAGUCUGCGCUUCCUCCGAUUGCCGAUUUCGCAAAUAAUCUGCAAGUCCCGCCGACCGAAUUCAAUCCAGCCCUUCUACCUCCACCACCAAUCCUCAGAACUCCACAAUGGAAUGAGAACGUGGCCAACAACAAUAUACCCGAGCCUGCAGUCAUGCCUCAUUUGAGACAUUCGACAUCCUUUCCGGCAUAUCCGUCGCCCUCGGAUUCAGGCUUUGGGAGUCCGAACCUCAAUAACGGAAUGUAUCAAUUCAACGGCCAUUCGACACAAAUGCCUCCACCCAUGCCAACGUCCAACCCACUGAUGUAUCAGGAAUCCCUCAACUCGCCGUACAAUAGCGCAAAGCGAAUGAGACUCAGUCCUCGCACCGACAGUUUCGGCAGACCUACUUCCCAUUUCCAACGGGCCUCAUCAUAUGGCCCGAAUGACCAUGAAGAGCACGCCCGUGUUCAAUUCAACCCGAACACACCCACUUUCUUCCCGACUCAUCUUCAAAAUCCCUUGACGCCAGCUACCUCUGCGACAUCACAGGUAUCACAGGAUAAUGACGAUCGGCGGAUCUCUGUGAGCUCUUUACUAUCAGAGGAUCCUGAUACCGACGACGCGAAACCUGUCGACAAUUAUCAACAUACCCAUUUCACGCAGGAGGAGAUUCCGCGACGCGGGUCGCUUCAUCAACGGAUGGUUUCGUACACUGCAACCGAAACAUACGGUCAAGAUCGUGGCAAUCCUGACCUUGAUAUCCCUCGGAAUAAUGAUACCAUGGCCAUUUCCGGCAUGUCGCCUUCCGAACACAGUGACUUCGAGAAUUGGUUGCACGACACCGAUCUUGGAGUGCCCGAAUUUGGCUUUGGACUUGUGAGUCGAGAAACGGUGUUUGGCAAGGGAGGCUAUUAUGCUUCACCAGUCCCAAUCAAGAUACCUCGGAAACUGGAGCCUCUGCCUCGAGCACUUUCAGAGAAUCCGAUGAAUCUUUUGUACUUCCAUCACUUCCUCAACCACACGGCCAGGAUAUUGGUUCCGCAUGAUUGUCCUGAGAAUCCCUUCAAGACAAUCUUGCCCAAAAUGGCGGUGGAAAAUGCGAACUUGCUGAAUUUACUGCUCGCAUAUUCAGCUUCGCAUCGAGCGAGGCUGUUGAAUCAUCCCGAACCUGCCAACCGAAUUGCUCUUUGGGUUCGAGACGUUUUCCCGUCAUUGCGACAGACGCUGGAUAAUGUAUCCAACACGGAAGUCUCCAAUGCCAAUCUGGCAACAGCAAUCAUGCUGGCUUCUCUUGAGAUCAUUUCGCCUUCGAGUUUCGGAGUUUCUAUACCUUGGCAGAAUCAUCUCAGCAUUGCUCGAAGCAUCAUUCGAGCUCGUGGCGGCCCCAACUCUAUCUCACGCAAAGAUCCAGUGAUGUACUUCUUGACUAGAUGGUUGGCUUAUCUCGAUGUCAUGGGUUCAUUGUCCGGUCGCCGCAAUGAGGAGCCCUUGUUUGCUGGCAAUUACUGGUCCAGCUCACACGAUGAGAGCACGUCAGCCAAGGAACUAUCUUUGACUGAUGAGGACGACACAGAUGAUGAAGACGACUAUACGAUUGACUGUUUGCUGGGCUUCACUACUCGAUGUGUUUCGAUACUGGCGCAAGUGGCGCUUUUGGCCAGACAGUGUGAAUCGAACAGGAUUGAUGCUACUGGACGCAUCAACGAAGCUUGGAAACCUUCGCCAGAUAUCCUCAAGAAGGCCGAAAAGCUGCGUAAGGAUCUUGAACACGCUCGCAACCAUGAACAAAUUUCAUGCUCUCACCCCAGCCCCACGCUGACUAAAGCUCACUUGGUCGGCUCAAGGCGCAACUCUGCCUAUAUCGAAAUGACGGACAAAGACGUGGAAGAAUCUCUGGCGACCAAUUCCGUUUUCCAUUGGGCUGGACUGAUACACUUGCUUCGUCGGAUCCACAAUCUUCCUCGCAGCGACCCACAGGUGCAAGCGGCUGUCCAUGAGAUAGUCAAAGUGCUACAGUCUCUACGUGCCGGGGGCAGUGCGGAGGCGUGUUUGCUCUUCCCAAUGUUUACAGCCGGCGUUGAAGCAGAGGAUUCGCUGGACCGGGCUGAAGUCUUGAGCAGGAUCAAAGGCGUCGAGGGGCUGGGUAUGUGCCAGGUCAGUCGUGCUCGGAAGAUAAUGGAAGAAGUUUGGAGGACAGGAGACAGCUGGGAGAACUUGGUGACUGGAGAGUUCUUUGGAUGAUGGUGAUGCAGAAUACCUCAUUAUGGUGGAUCACCCACACAUUUCUUUCACAGUGGACUUACUUGCAUAUAUU